CGUCCUCCCCGCCCCGCGCCGCGCGUCCCUGGGCCCCGGCUGGCCCGGCGGCCCCCCCCAGCUGGCUUGGUGGGGCGAGGCUGAAGGCCGGGCCCAGCGAGGACCAUGGCGGCCGCCCUGGGAGCGGGCGGAGGAGCGGGCGCCGGAGAUGACGACUUUGACCAGUUUGAUAAGCCUGGUGCGGAGCGGUCCUGGAGGAGAAGAGCUGCGGACGAGGACUGGGACAGUGAACUUGAUGAUGACUUACUUGGAGAGGAUUUGCUCUCUGGAAAAAAGAAUCAAUCGGAUUUGUCAGAUGAAGAGCUAAAUGAUGAUCUCCUACAGAGUGAUAAUGAAGACGAAGAAAAUUUCUGCGCUCAGGAUGUCACGAUCAGCCUGACGGCCACGUCAGACAUGGUCACGUCGUUUGAGAUGUCUGACACCAACGACCAGUCUGCAGAGCAGGAGUCUGAGUAUGAGCAGGGUGAGGAUGAGCUCGUCUAUCACAAGUCGGGUGGGUCUGAGCUGUAUGCUCACGAGUACCCAGAAGAAGGGCCGUAUGAGGGGCACGACGCUGAGCUCCCCGAAGACCACAUUGAGUACGUGGAGGGGACCGAGGAGGAGCCGCUGUACAGCGACGAGGUCCUGGACAUCGAGAUCAAUGAGCCCUUGGACGAGUUCACAGAUGAAGAAUACUUGCAGGCUUGUGGGCAACAAGGGAUGAAAGAGCAGGAAGACUGUGUUGCUGAAGAGGAAUUAGAUGAGAUUACUGAUUCCCAGGUUGAUCCUGAAACCGAAGAGGGAGGCAUGGAGACUUUGGAGUUGCAGAAGGACAUCAAAGAAGAGUCAGAUGAAGAAGAGGAUGAUGAUGAAGAAUCUGGGCGAUUACGUUUCAAAACUGAAAGGAAAGAAGGAACAAUUAUUAGGCUCUCAGAUGUAACUAGAGAGAGAAGGAACAUUCCAGAAACUUUGGAGCUUUCAGCAGAAGCCAAAGCUGCGUUGCUUGAAUUUGAAGAGAGGGAGCGACAGCACAAACAGGGCCGCUACGGCUCCAGGCGGGGAGGAAGGAGAGGAGGCUCGUCCAUGUGCCGUGGUGUUGGAGACCAGAGGAGAGAGAGCAGCGAGAGGGGGCGCGCCAAGGACCACAGGCCCGCCCUGCUGCCCACACAGCCGCCUGUGGUGCCGCCGCCACCGCCGCCGCCGCCGCCACCGCCGCAGCCGAUCCGCAGCCUGUUCCAGCAGCAGCAGCUCCAGCCCCUGCUGCCCCUGCAGCACCCGCACCACCCCUCCCCUCCGCAGGGCAUGCACGUGCCGCCCCAGAUGGAGGCCCCCCGCGUGAUGAUGACCCCUCCUCCCGUGACCCCGCAGCAGCCCAAGAACAUACACAUCAACCCCCACUUCAAAGGGGCCGUGGUGACGCCCGUUCAAGUGCCCUUGCUGCCAGUCCCGAGCCAGCCGAGACCUGCGGUGGGACCCCAGAGAUUCCCAGGCCCUCCGGAGUUCCCGCAGCACACGCCUGGCCCCGUCCCCAACAACUUCAGCCAGCCCCCUCGGCUUCCUCUUCAGGACCAGUGGAGGGCCCCGCCCCCGCCCCAGGAGCGAGACCCUUUCUUCUUGGGAGUUUCAGGUGAGCCAAGGUUCCCGAGCCAUCUCUUCCUGGAGCAACGAAGUCCCCCGCCACCGCCACCUCCUCCCACGCUCCUCAGCAGUGGUCACCCUGUGCCCACGCCCAGUCCCUUGCCCUUCACCCAGCCCGGCCCAGCGUUCAGUCAGCAGGGGCAGCAGACUGUGUUCCCCAGAGAGAGGCCCGUGAGGCCAGCCCUCCAGCCGCCGGGGCCGGUGGGGCUCCUGCACUUCAGCCAGCCGGGGUCCGCAGCCACGAGGCCCUUCAUCCCUCCUCGCCAGCCCUUCCUGCCGGGCCCCGGACAGCCCUUCCUGCCCACCCACACGCAGCCCAGUCUGCAGGGGCCGCUGCACCCCCCGCUGCCCCCGCCACACCAGCCGCAGCCGCAGCAGCAGCCCCCGCUGCAGCCCCCGCUGCAGCCCCCGCUGCAGCCGCCCCCGCCGCACCAGCCUCCGCACCAGCCGCAGCAGCACCACCAUCACCUCUCCGUGCCGCCCCCGCCGCUGAUGCCCGUGGCCCAGCCCCAGUUCAGGCCUCACAUGCCGGCGGCCCAGCCUCAGCCCAGCAGCAGCCGGAUGCCAUGCCCCCAGCGCCCGGGGCUGCGGCACAACACUACUUCUCAGAAUGUAACCAAGCGACCAAUGCAACAAAUGCAGCCAACUGCUCCGAGAAAUAGUAAUUUGCGUGAAUUACCAAUCGCGCCAUCUCAUGUUAUAGAGAUGAGUACCAGUCGCUGCUCCUCCACACCUGCGGCUCAAGUGAAACCCAUCAUGAGCACGUCUCCGCCCUCGAGGCCCGGGGUGGGGCCCAGGAACGCGCAGGGGAAGACUGAAGGGAGAGUCAAGCCACUUAGCCCUGUGGGUCAGCCUAAAGAGGAAGCAAAGACAGAACCAGAGUCUCCUGAUGAAGAUGAGGAGACGCGGCUGUACCGCCUGAAGAUAGAGGAGCAGAAGCGCCUGCGAGAGGAGAUCCUGAAGCAGAAAGAGCUGCGGCGGCAGCAGCAGGCGGGCGCCCGGAAGAAGGAGCUGCUCGAGAGGCUGGCCCAGCAGCAGCAGCUCUGCGCCCCGCCCGCCCCCGCCGCACCCACCGAGCAGACGCCCGCCCUGCCACCCGCCAACGGUAACCCGCUGCUCCCCUUCCCGGGGCCUCCGGUCAGACCCAACGUGAAAAACAGACUCUUGGUGAAAAACCAGGAUGCGGCCGUUGCAAACGUUCCACCCAAAGCAUCGGGGUUUGUGCCGUCUGGUGCUCACACACAGUAUCCAGGACAACAGAUGAAACCACUGAAACACUUGAGACAGGCCAGAACCAUACCUCAGAGUCCAGCUCAGCACAAAGUCCUGCAGGUAAAGCCCGCCGACGGGGAGGGCCCGCCGCCCCCCUCGCAGACUGCUCGAGCCGCAUCCCUCCAGGGCCGGCCCCCGGAGGCCAAGCCUGGCACCAAAAGGACUGUCAUGCACCGGGCCAACAGCGGCGGUGGAGACGGGCCGCACGUCAGCUCCAAGGUCAGGGUGAUUAAGUUGUCAGGCGGGCAGGGAGGAGAGAGCGACGGCUUUUUUCACCCGGAGGGCCAGCCUCAGCGGCUCCCUCAGGCCCAAGAAGUGAGGCAGCAGCCCACCCGCAAGGUGACGCUGACCAAGGGGGCCCUCCAGCAGCCCCAGCACCCUGCGGUAGGGGCCCACAUGCACGCAGCCGGCCCCCCAGGCAUCAAGAGCAUCCAGGGGAUCCACCCAGCCAAGAAGGUCCUCAUGCACGGGAGAGGCCGGGGCCUGGCGGGAGUGAUGGGCCGGGGACGCCUGAUGCCCAACAAGCAGAACCUGCGGGUGGUGGAGUGCAAGCCUCAGCCCUGCGUCGUGUCUGUGGAGGGGCUCUCCUCGUCCACCACUGACGCCCAGCUGAAGAGCCUGCUGACGUCGGUGGGGCCCAUCCAGAGCUUGCAGAUGCUCCCCCAGCAGCGGAAAGCCAUAGCGAAGUUCAAGGAGCCAGCACACGCGUUGGCGUUCCAGCAGAAGUUCCACAGGCACAUGAUAGACCUGUCCCACAUAAACGUGGCCCUGAUUGUCGAGUGACCACUGCGGAUGGGCUGACCGGGACGCCGCACACACACUGUGGAACUCCUCCGGAGCUGCGCGCAGAGGCCCCACGAGCCGUCUCUCCGUCCACAGCCCUGCCAGGCCGUUGUCCAAGGCGCCCAACGGCUCAGCACCGAUUCCAGAAGAGCUAGACUUGCGGGACAUGGCAGACUCGAGUCGCUGUUAGAGCGUUCACGUUCUGUUGGCACCACAAAGAACUACAGUUCCAUUUUCUUUUGUUUUCCAAGUGCUUACGAUGCAUGUAGACGUUGUUCUUUGUGAUCUUACUGUCUGAUCGAUCCCAGUGACGUAGAGUCAGGAGAGACCAUCACCGUCACAGGUUCUCAGCAUUUUUCACAGCAAAGAACAUUUGAUAAUGGUUGCACUUAUCUUCAGUGCAGGCUAGACGAGUGUCUCCUCACCCGGCUCCACGCAUGCUCCUCUCUCAGAAGGCCCUCCAGGGCUCUUGUGAACACGCAGAGGCAAAUUCGGGUGGUGAUAUCCUGGGAAGCAGGGUAUGCGGGUGGUUGGGAGUGGUGUCAGGGGUGCGGCAGAUUCUGCUUCUUGUAAAUAUUCCCAGAGCGUCAGCUGUAUACGCCCAGUUCCAGAGGGAACGCCCCUCUCUCCAUGCUGCCCAGAGAGCACGGAGAUGCUGGUGGGUACCGGUGUGAGCCCGCCCGGGCUGAGCGCAGGUUAGGGGCCCCACUGGGUGAGGGUAGGCCAGCCGGAAGCUUGAAAGGGCGUGUUUGGUUUUUUCCCCUUUUUAGACACAGCCCCAAGAGGCAUAGUCACGUCACUGGCUCUGUGAUACAUAACGUGACUCUGUUGAGAAACCUGGUUAUCGUUGCUGUGACGAGCGUUUUCUUCUUUGAAGGCCUUUUGAGCAGGGCUGCGUUGUCCUUCAGUGGACCCCAGAGCAGGGGGCUGUUUGCACGGGUGUGUGGGCGGGUGGCUCUGGGACGCGGGUUAGCUUCAUUCAGGUGAGAUGCUCGCUCCCCGUAAAGUCAUCUUCAGUAAAAUCCGUUCUGGGCAAACGAUGACAAAAGUGCCUUAAUGUAUUUGUGCUCAUGAAGGAGUCUCACUGUUUGGGUUUAUUCUAACAUGGCCUGAACUGUUGGAGCAAAUGGUAACUGGGGCAUACUCAGACUUUUUAGCUGAAUUUUAUACCUAAGAUUUCCUGUCACAUUUAUUAGUAGAAUUAAGGGAAACAGAUGCCUGUUGCUGGUUAGCGCCCCUAGUCAGCACAGCGAGACCCCUCAGCGGGGCGCCACUUUCUCAGCCUCCUCGUGGGGAGCUGAGACACAGGUCAUGUGAUUUUGUAUCUUCUUGUUUUCACAGUUGAAAUUUUAUGUUUUUCAAAUUAAGUCACCAGAACUGGAGGGGAGUGUUGAGACCCGCGAGCCUCUGUAGCGCUGAGUCCACAGUGCGCCACGUGCUAGGAGGGAGCCUGCAACGUGAAGGUGGGUGCGGAUGGCCGCUGCUCAGAGGCUGCAGUUACACGAAGCUAUAGGCACUUGUAGAUUACCUUUUGCUGGGGGCGCCUGGCCACCCGCGCUCCAGAAAGCCCCGCCUCACCCGUGGGGGCUGGUGGUUGUACCUGCCUGGCCUCAGGUGCUCCAGUGGAGCGUCUGGCCACUGGCGCGCCCGCCCCCCUGCCCGUCUUUACAAGUAGAUGCAGGUGUGUUCACACGAGCAUGGCUCGUGUGGCUCAGUCCACGGAGAGCUGGUUGAAGCUGCAAGUGGGGUUCUGCAGGUGGCAGGGAGAGGGGGGUCCAGGCCAUCUCCCCUCCCUGGGCGGCAGGAGGCUCACAGUUAAGGGGCUUGCUGAGGGCUUGAUGACGCAGUGAGCCUACCGAUUUUACCACUGUUGGAAACAGUCUGAGCGUGCUGUGACUUGGAAGCUAAAAAUCUGCUCUUUGUCUCCAUAAUGUAGCUAGGCAUACUUUUUUCUAGUUAGUGAUAACAAACGAAUCCUGUUUGUGCACCUUUGUUCACGGUGGACCUCAUAGCUACCCUAAGGUCUGCUUCUGUGUUGUCUGAGCCUGACAUGGUGCCCUGGGACAUGUGUGCAUCUGUAACUGUCUGCACACACCCGGAACAUGCUUUCUCUGGAUAGAAUGUUCCUGAAUGGCCAUUGGCCAAGUUGGCCAGGCCUUCCGUCAAGGCCUGGUUAGAGAGGUUCCCCAUGGUUGCCUCCUGAGACGCACAGCCCGUGGGCAUGGGCUGUCAGAGCCAGCCAGGCCUGGGGACGCAGCCUCAGUUUCCUUGAGGAAACUGGGAAAGGAAGGAAGCAGAGUUAGAAGGGAGCGCUGUUCCCACCUCGUGCAGUGCAGUGCCGUCAGACCACCGCACGCUGAACCCUCUGGGAAGAUCUGUUGCAACCAUUAUCUUUGUUCUUUAUUUAUCAUGCAUUUAAAGUGAGAUGCAGAAGCAGUUAACACACUAUGUAAAUAUGGACCUUUUAAAAUUAAAACGUUAUUGGAAGUGCUUUCAAUCCAGCAACAUCGUAGCUAUUUGUUAGUUCUUUUGUGUUGUCUUAUCAAAGUUUAAUGGAUACAGUUCCAUGUUGAUGUGUUUGUGUGUAUAUUCGAUUUUUAUAAAGAUGGUAGUAAGUCAAUACAUUUAUCCUGAUCUGUGUAUUAUUUGUUCACAAAUUCAAGAAGCCAGUAAAUAUCAUUAUAUCUCAUAAGGUAAAGACAGUAGCGAUUAUGUGGAGCUCAGGUACCCUUUCUUUUCGCAUUAUCUUGUUUUGAUUUUAAUGCUGUAAUAUAAGUUCACUUAGCUACUUACUGAGCAUAACCUUGCAUUUCCGUUGGUCUGGCCACAUCUGUUAAGUCUUACAUGAUACCCUUCUAAAGGAGAAAUACCAGCUCUUUCUUUCCGAAAGCAUUGUUGAGGGUUCCGCCCUUUCUGGCCGGGCAGCACCCUCAGUAGGGCCUGUGCCUUCUCCGCAGUGGGGGUGGGGCGCGGGGUGGGGGCUUCAUCGAAACUGUUUCUGACUGGGGUCUCCUCAUGAUUUGUAAAAGGUCCUGAAUGAACAAUUGUUUGUGCUUAGUUCUGUAGCGUUUCUGAAUUGUGGCAGAGCUGUAGAUUCUGCACUCAGGGGUCUCUCUUUUUUUUUUAAGGGCGUUUUGCUAAAUGAUGCAAGUGGACUUUGUCGCUGGAGGGAGGCUGGGAGAGGUGACCAGGGUGAAGAAGGACAGGAUGGAGUGAAGGGAGCUAGAGCACGCAGGAUCGGCCAGGAGCCGGGCCCUGACGCCCGGCGCUGAGGAGUCAGCUGGGGCGGGCGGGCAGCCGUGGGCGGGCGGGCAGUGGUCACAGCGACCGCCACGCCAGGGCCGCACCUUGCACGCAGUGGACCGCAGAGCUGGUGGGCGAGAGGAGGCCUGGCUGGCUGGUCUGGAGGGGAGAGGAGACUUAGGGCCAAGUUGUUCUGAGAAUCUGUCACUUCCUUCCUUUUUUUUUUUAUCUUUUGUAGUUUUUGUUGUUUGUUUUUUAAUUUCUCUGUUGUUUAAUUGAAGGUAAGCUCAGUGUGCUUAUGGACCAUUGGCUGCCAGGGACCCUGAUGAGGACAGUCAGGUUUUGGUCGAGGUCUGUGCAGAGCGCCUAGAGCCACGCGUGAGGUGUGGAGCCCCCGAGCCCCCGAGCCCCCGAGCCCCCUGGCUUCCGGCCCCCAGACCCUGGAGUGGCAGCGUGCCUCCCCCGGCUGCACCCCACCGGGAGCCCUACUUCUACCCGCGGGGUCAGACAGACCACGCCCCCACCUGCGUGCUGUCCCGCGGGGGGGGGGGGGGGGGGCAGCUCCUUUGUCUACGUUGGUUGGGAGGGGGUGGGGUGCUUGAAAGGCAUGGUUGAUUUUUUUUACAGGUUUUUCUAAGUGACAGUAUUCUGAAAGGGGAUUAACUAAUGGAAGGGGUGGAUGAUACAAAAUGGGACCAGGAGACACCCCUCUCCCCUUGGAGGAAGCCAUAGGAAUUACAUCCGUUACAGGGAGAAUGUAGAUAUUCUGCUGUACUUAAUGAGCAUUUAAAUUAGCCUUUUCACCUCUUUUUAAAUCAUGUGAAUGAUGUGGUGUUUUGGACAUCGGUAAAUAUGAACUCUGCAAAGGCAGUGAGCCUUGACUUACUAUUAAAUCCUAAGGAUUUUGUGUAAGGUUUUUUUGCAACCUGUUUAAUUUUCCUCAUUUAAAGGGCCCAUGGUUCUUUGUCCUGGAACCAAGCAACUCAGUGAUUCAUAUUGGAUCCCGGGUAUACCUGCUGGUAGUGUUUGGUGGGGAAGGGUCUUUGGUUUUACACGUGUAAAAACCUGCUCUUUUUAGAAAAUGUGCAAAAAAAUCUUAGCUCUCUUUUCUGUGCUGUAUUUUUGUUAGGAAGUCUUUUCAUUAAGAUGAGCAGGCAGAACAGGUAUUUUUAGUGAGAAGUUGCUUCUUGCUUUCACUUUUAACCAACUAAAAUGUAAAAAGGCCUUCAUGUUGGUGCUUUAUCUUACUAAUUUUGAAAGGUAUGUAGAAAAAUACAGGCCUUUAAAAAGAAAUAUGAUUGUAGUCUUUGAAUUUUAAUAACUUUCCACAGAGUAGACAAACAGAUGUACUGUUUUAACAUAUUCUGUAUUUAGUAGUUUAAUAUACUCUAGAAAGUAGACCUCUUGACAUUCUUCUAGCCUGAUUUUCUUUUAAACUAUUUUUCAUUUUAAGGGCACGUAAUGGAACCUGAUUUUUAAAGGACUGUCUUAAGUUCUGUGCUCUCUGCAGUAUUGUCUCAGGGUAUAUAAUUUAUGUUUUUAAAGCAACAUUUAUACGACACACAUUUAUAACUAUUGACCGAAGAGCAAAUAACCGCUUGUUUUGAUAACUCAGCUUUGCUUUUCACAGGCGUGGGAUCCAGAAUUGUUUUUUCCUCUGUGAGGAUUUUAACUCUAAGGCUUUAAUUCUGCUGUUUAAUUUUCAGGUUCACCAGCAACACAGCCUGAAAUCUGAUUUUCUUUUUUCCUUUCCAUUUCUGAGUUGGUUCUCUCUGCUGGGCUCCCAGUCUGGCCUCGCUCCUGCUGCGGAGUGUCUGGGCCCCGUCAGCCAAGCCUCCUGCGCUCCCCUUCCUUCCCUCGGGGCUCCCUGCCACGCCCACCCCCACCGUCCUCAGAAGCAUGCCCUUCUCUCACUUGCAUUGCCGGCUGACCGUUCUCUCCUCCCGCCGCUGCUGGUGACUCCGUCUUGGCCAUUCUGUCCCGUGUUGGCGUUCAGAGUUCCGCUCUGCUGUCGCGAGUUGCCUGUGCUGCGUCGUCUCAACCUUUGCUUUGACAGGUCUGACUCUCGGUUUGUUCCCCCAGGUCUCCGGCUGGCAAGAGUAACCUCUGGGUUCCGUUGUUUGCAGUCUCCCCCGGGGGCGGCGCCCGUGGAGGCCGGGCCAUGCCCGGCGCACUAACCAGCCCUCUGUUCCUCCCCCUCUCCUUUUGCAGGACCUCUCUUGCAUGCGUCAGUGUUAGUGGUAGCGCGCCUCUUCCUCCGCUGGGAGGUGACGGCCCGUUGGGCUCUGUCGCCGCUCUGGCUGGCUGUGAUCCUUCCUAAGCGUAUUGCUAAGUGCCGCGAGCUAGCCUGGGCCGGCUCAGCGCGGCGUCUGCAGCUGUGUUUGUGGGGCGCACACUGGGAUUGAGAGAUCAAGAGCUGAGCGAGUGGCUUUCUUCUGGGUGAUCUGCUCCGUGUCUCCACCCAGCGCACCACUCACGUUUGCGGGCGGGGAUGUUGCCUUGUUUUACCUCGUUUUCCACUUUGUGCUAAUCACUGUGACAGCUUUAUCAGGAAUAUGUGUGAAGAACAGUUGUGACCUAGUUGGAAAAAAUGUAUCUGUGUGUAUCAUCUGUGUGAUUCCAUGCCAAGAAAUGUGUUUUGAACUGUAUUGUAAUUUGAAAGAUGUGUUAAUAAAUAAAUACCUUGCACUUUC